AUGUCUGAAUACCCUACUGCUGCUGCCGAAAAGGCAUUGCUGCUUGAAGACAUCCAAGAUGUUGAAGCCAUGGAGUUGCCAAAGAGAAGGAGCCACCACACACGCUGGGUUUCUGUUCUCAUUGCUGCUUCCGUUUACUGUGCUAUUUUCUUGUUCGUUCAGCCUUUGAGACAAUUUUUGCCUGCUUCGCUGCUUUCGUUGGUCCCUCAAUUGGCACCAUCCCCAGCACCAGCCGCACCAACCCAAGUGUUCGAGGUGCUGAGACCAGUGACUGUUCCUCUUGGUUCUUAUGUUGAGUCUUCCGUCUGGUUCAAUGCUACUGAACUUGCUGAUGGAAUAAGCGUGGAAUACUCUGCUCCUGAGACUUUCAACUUUACCGGGGUUGCUCUUACCUUGAACUUCACCGCUGCUGGAGCCCAGGCUCCUAUCAUCGCGGACGUCUACAUUGACGACCAUCCAGUCUGGAGGACUUCCACGCCAAAUGCCUUAGGCUUUGUGUCAAACUCUUCGACUUCCAAGAAUGUAACCGAAUUUCUGUCUCUUUUCACCGAGAACAGGACCGUUUCCUUGCAGAUUGUUGACGGUGCCAUCAGUGACCUCGAGGUCUCUCUUGAAGCCGUUUUCUACAACGAUUCACUGAUUGUCGCCGAUCCAGUGGCUCCAGUUGCUCCAAUUGAUGUCGGCUCAUUGUUCGUCGCACAUGGUCCAGCCGAUCUUGUGUUUCCAAUUUCCAACGCUGGUAAGGCUUUCCAAUUGCCAAAGGACAAAUUCUCUGUCAUUUUGCCUCAACUUUCCGAGAACACCACAGUGGCCAAAAUUAGCAUUUUCGCAUCACCUUCCGAGGAAGAAAUCCGUUACUACCAGAAUAAGAUUGGCAGCAUUCCAGGUGCUUCAGAUGUCGGCCCAGUCCGUACUUUGAACGUGUACGUUGACUCCGUCUUCUUGGGUGCCAUUUCUCCAAACCCAGCCCAACUCAGAGCAGACCACAUUGGCGAAUCUGCUGACGCCGCCAAAUUGUGGGUCCCAGUUGCCGCUGGUGGAGCAUUUGAUGCCCUUUCCUAUGAUCUUGAUUUGACCUCUGUUCUGCCUCUUCUGUGGGCUGACGAGACCACCCUCGUCAUCGAGGUUGUUUCGCCAGUUAAGGGUUCUACGAUUGGACCCGGUGUUCCUCCAGCUGUUCCACACCCAGUUCCAGCUCCAGGUACCAGCCAAAUUCCUCAAUCAAGAUGGGAUCUUUCUGGUAAUUUGCUUGCUUGGGAGUCUUCUCUCGUCAAUGCCUCUACUGGAGCUGUUAUCCUUGCCGACUCUCUCGAGAGUGGAACUGGAAUGGUCAUUGCUCCUCCAGGUGGAUUCACCCAGAACCAGAUUGUUAGAUCACGUAUACAGUCUGGUAUUGAGACUCAGCUCAACUUCACUCUUGCUGAUGCCUCGGUCCACAACCUGACUGCCAAGUUCAACACCUCCGGCGAUGUUUUCGCCAUCACCCAGACUAAAAUGGCCGGUGCCUCGAGCCUUUUCACUUUGAUCGGCUCCACCAAGGUGGGUCUUUCGGUUACAGACUCUGCUCUGGGGGCCAUUUUGGACACUCCAGUGUACACCUUCAACGCUUCGACCUCAUUUCCAAUGAUCAUCAAAGAGACCAAGGCCACCAUCCCAGUGUGGGGUCCUCCAAUUAACGCUUCGCUCGAGGUGAGUGUCAAGUUUGGCCACAAGGUUAAAAUAAAUGGAGUUUCUGCUCUUUAUGUUGACUCCAAACAAAACGGUACCGUUGACUAUCUCGGUGUCUCCACCGACUCCAAGGUGAUGGAGAUCUCGGAUGCUUCUCCAGUGCCUUUCACCAGAGAGGUCACAGUCGAGGACGGAAUCAUCACCAAGGACUCGCUCGUUGCCACUCUUGAAGCUGGUGAAUGGGAUGACUCCUACGAAGAGUUCCAAUUCGUGCUUGCUUCUAUGAUUGACGAAGAGAUGUUUGAAUUUUGA